ACUCGGGACUGACGCACACGACGCGGUCCACGUGAUCGGGCUUCGGUGAUCGUUUUGCGUGCAGUUGCGUUGCGUACGCGCCAACUGAAACUCGAUCAACCUUGCACAAGGCGUGCGUUUGUGCUUUUUUAUCUUGUUUUCAUGCGAAGGUAAAGAUACGAUCGCGAGCAUAAUUAGUGAAUGAAAACGGCGCGAUCAGUGGACGCUGAGUCAGUGCGUUGCAUUUCGCAUGAGCCGUAUGCUUAUGUUAUCGUGCGAUUGUGGCCACUUUCGAGUGUGACUCAAGCAGAAGAGCAAACGGCCCUUAAAGUGAGAAGCUGUUCUUAAAAGGCUGCGUGUGUUCGAAAGUGAUCGAGACUUACCAACUGAAGGUCCCUGUGUUCCCGAACAGCACGGAAACCGGUCCCAACAAGCAUUGGUGCCAACAACACACCGGACCGUGAAGCUGCAACGACUGCUGCAGCGUGGAAGUGUAAGAAGCAGCAGAAACGACCGGCGACGACCGCCUCCAGAUUGUGUGCUGUUGAAAGUUGCUGAAAAGGAAAGUUUGUCGGCCCCUUCAACCUCAAGGAACACUACCCUGAACCGCUUCCCGCUACGAUACAUCUUCACUCGAGACCAGCUCGAGCUCUAGAGACUCUCGCCGUAAGAAGUUGCUUCCUGCGCACGGAACACGCGGAAACGGAAGACUCAAUCUGUGCAGUCAUCGGCGCUCCGAUUCGAAGUAGACGCCAAAAAAACACCCGCCAGCGUUGCACAGAAUGAUCAAUCGACGAAAAGUGUUGUUCCCGGUGGUGCUGCUGCCCCUUCUGCUGAUUGCGAUCUCGCUGGAACCGUGCGAUGGACACGGACGUCUGAUUGAGCCACCGAGCCGAGCCUCGGCGUGGCGGUACGGAUUCUCGACGCCACCGAACUACAACGAUCACGAGCUGUACUGUGGUGGCUUCAAUCGGCAGUGGCAAAAGAAUGAAGGCAAGUGUGGCGAGUGCGGUGAUCCGUUCGAUGUACCACUGCCACGUCCUCACGAAUUCGGCGGUAAAUGGGGUCAGGGUGUAGUGGUGCGUCGGUAUAAACCCGGUUCUACGAUUACCGUUCGCGUUGAGCUCACCGCCAGUCAUAUGGGCUACUUCGAGUUCCGUAUCUGUGACAGUGUGCAGGCGAAGCAGGACUGUUUGGAUAAGCAUCUGAUGCGCAUCAGCAGCGGCACACCGAGCAUCCCGCACCCGAACGAUCUAAAGACACGCUUCUAUCCGCGCAACGGUAGCCGGAUUUACGAUAUGAAGGUGGAGCUUCCUUCCGAUCUGAACUGCCACAACUGUGUCAUCCAGUGGAAGUACAUCGCCGGCAACAACUGGGGCAUCUGCCCGGAUGGUAACGGUGCAGUCGGUUGUGGUCCGCAGGAAGAGUUCCGGGCCUGUGCCGAUGUAUCGGUUGGUGAAACGGAUGGACCGACACGGACGCCACUGCGCCCUGGACAGAAACCGACCCCGACACGUGCCCCGACCGAUGGUACCAGCAAACCGUCCUCGCCCGACGGUACCGACGAGGCGAUCGAAGAGCCACCGAAGGGUGUCCCGUACAUGGGACCCCUGGUGGCUCUUCUGUCGCUUUUUCUGGUCCUAUGUGGAUUUGCUGCGCUAUAUAUUUACCACUAUCAUGGGAGCCGGAUAAAGGCGCUGAUGCGCUGGAAUCGCGAAAAGUCACAGAAGAUCAUCCAGGUGGAACCGCCAGCAUCGGUGGCAUCGUCGGCGGGCAUCGGCGAUCGGUCAAGCGAUAUCGAAUCGGCGACCAUUGGCGGUGGAGCGCCUGUGCCACCACCUCGCACGAAGCGCAUAUCUCAGCAUCUGCGCGAUAUCGACGCCCAGGAAUCGAGCAUACUGUCCGGCAGUGCGAAGCGCCAAUCCACGAAGGAUGUCAACGCCAGACCAGGUGGUAGUGAUUGAGGGACCGCAAGUGGUGUGCUGUAACCCGUGAGGGGGGGUUUUUUCUUUUAUUUAUUUGUACCGCAAGCCGCACACCCACAGGCAAGCCAGUGCAAUGGGGUAUAUGUCUUGCAAACAUUUUGUGAAAAACUAGGAUGUUCCGUAGCACGUGACCUUAGAUCGUAGGCCACCACUGCCAGUAGAUAGGAUCGGGGUCGUAGAAGACUCAGCAGUUUUCUUGCUGCCUUCGGACGACGAAUUGAGCCGUAUUGUCAAUAAAGAAACAAAACAU